GCUUUUUUGGUUAAGGGAAGGAAGAAAGGCGAAAACUUCUGUCGGAUCUGGAAGCUCUCUCUGUCUGUCUCUCUGUCUCUCCCGCUUAACGCUUCUUCUCUCUUAGCUUAUUACAUUCUUCUUCCUCUGGUUUUGUUUCUUUUCAAACGUCUCUUUUUUUUUUGGUUUCUGUUGAUCACGGACGCUUUUCUUAGAUGGAGGUACAAAGUCUACUAAACUUUGAUUUGGAUCCUGGUCCAGUUGAUCAAUCGAUAUUGGUAUGGCAACAUGAGCAUAGAUCAGCUGCUAUAUGGGAAGAUGAGGUUCCUCCUCGUGAACUGACAUGUCGGCACAAAUUAUUGGGGAUGCGAGAUUGGCCUUUGGAUCCUCUUGUGUGUAAGAAGUUGAUCGAGUUUGGGCUGUAUGGAGUGUACAAGGUUGCGUUUAUACAACUUGACUAUGCUUUGAUAACAGCAUUGGUGGAGAGAUGGAGACCAGAAACGCAUACUUUUCAUCUUCCUGCUGGAGAGAUCACUGUGACUUUACAAGAUGUGAAUAUAUUGUUGGGUCUUCGUGUGGAUGGACCUGCAGUAACUGGUACUACAAAAUACGUCUGGGCUGAUUUAUGUGAGGACCUGCUAGGUCAGAGGCCAGGUCCCAAGGAUCUACAUGGUUCUCAUGUGUCUCUAGCAUGGCUGCGUGAAAAUUUCCGGAAUUUACCUAGUGAACCUGAUGAAGCUACGUUGAAGUGUCACACUAGGGCUUUUGUAUUAGCUCUGAUGAGUGGUUUCCUAUACGGAGAUAAGUCUAAACAUGAUGUGGCUUUGACGUUUCUCCCUCUGUUAAGGGACUUUGAUGAAGUGGCUAAACUAAGCUGGGGUAGUGCUACCUUAGCUCUUCUCUACAGAGAGUUGUGUCGGGCAAGUAAGAGGACUGUAUCUACCAUUUGUGGACCUCUUGUUCUGUUGCAGUUAUGGGCAUGGGAACGACUACAUGUUGGUCGUCCAGGAAGACUUAAAGCUGUUGGUGUUUCUUAUAUGGAUGGCAUUAAUGGUCCUUUACCAGAUCCAUUAGGCUGUAGGUGGAGGGCUUCUCUGAGUCAUAAAGAGAAUCCUCGUGGAGGACUGGACUUUUACAGGGACCAGUUUGACCAGCAGAAAGAUGAGCAGGUUAUAUGGCAGCCUUACACUCCAGAUCUUCUUGGAAAGAUUCCUGUUAUAUGUCUCAGUGGUCAGAACAUAUGGCGAACUGUUGCACCAUUGAUUUGUUUUGAUGUUGUUGAGUGGCAUCGUCCUGAUCGAGUACUUAGACAGUUUGGUCUUCACCAAACAAUACCAGCACCUUGUGAUAAUGAAAAAGCUCUUCAUUCUAUUGACAAAAGAGGCAAAUCAAUAUAUGAUUGGUCAGCACGUCAUAGUCGACAUAUUGAAUUGUGGGAGGCACGUAGGUCAUCUGUUGUUUUCGCUGAGCCAGAGUGUAUCCCGAUGGACUAUAAUGAUCCUUAUAUGGAGUGGUACCGCAGAAUUACUAGAAGAAUUAUUAGUCCUAUGAACGAGAGGCGCCCUGGGCAAUUUCUACCCACUGGUUUUGCUUUCCAAGUGCUUGUUCAGAGGGUUGCAGCCAUUCAUGCUCGCUCUAAGGCUUCACUUGAAGAGGAACUUACUGUUGAUACUGCGAGGCAAACAUUACAAGAUAUUGUUGAUAUGUGUGCAGGCGCCCUUCAACUUAAUGCGCCUUUAGGCUCAUUAUCUAAUGGUUCUGUUGCUCAAGCUCCAACUCCAGGACCAUUUUUGAUGUUACCUCAAUCUAUACCUACAAUAAUACCUCAAAAGCCGAUGUCUGGAGAAAUGGUAUGCGUACCUUUGAAUGAAAUGGGAAUAGAUGAUGGUCUCUCAGCGGAACCUUUGGAAAUGAUGCCACAUGUUCAGGAUAUAGGAUGUGAGCAGUCUUUACGAUCAGUUUCCCAGAAACCUCUUUUCUGGCCGUCAGGAGGGAAGCUUACUUUCAGUUGGAUUUGUGAUGUAAUGUUGGGGUUUGAUUGGUCGUCGAGGAAUCUUUCACCUUGUGAAUUUUCAAGUGUUCUGCCUUUUAAUGUCUUGGAUGAGCUGGUUCUCUUUGCUUCCAAAAUCCUGAAAAAAGAGCCAAACUGCGUUAGGAUAGAGAGUGACAAAGCAAAGGUCGUUGUGGUUGGAGAUCUACAUGGGCAACUACAUGAUUUGCUGUUCCUUAUGGAGGAUGCAGGAUUCCCGAAUGGUGAUGCAGGACUCCCAAAUGGUGAUCAGUUCUAUGUGUUCAAUGGGAAUUAUGUAAACAAAGGAGCGUGGGGUUUAGAGACCUUCUUGCUUCUAUUAUCAUGGAAGGUUUUACUACCGGAAAGAGUAUAUCUUCUACGUGGCAGUCAUGAGAGCGAAAGUUGUACAUCACUGUAUGGAUUUAAAAAUGAAGUUUUAACUAAGUAUGGUGAUAAAGGAGCAGCUGUCUACAAGAAGUGCUUGGAAUGCUUUCAGUUACUUCCUUUGGCUUCUGUGAUUGCUGGGAAGGUAUUUACAACACAUGGAGGUCUUUUUCGUGAUGUAUCAAGGUUUCUCUCAGACAAGCAAAGCAGAAAACGAAAGCGAACUCAGAAAAAGCAAACAGAUAAUAGUGUCCUUGAGACUGAAGAUAGAUCCGAGUUCUUGCCUCUUGGUUCAUUAAAGGAUUUAUCCAAAGUGAAAAGGCGUGUUAUAGAUCCUCCUACUGAAGGUUCAAAUUUGAUUCCUGGUGACAUUCUUUGGUCAGAUCCAUCGCAAGAAACUGGCCUCUUUCUUAACAAAGAGAGAGGUAUUGGUUUGUUGUGGGGUCCUGAUUGCACCGCAAAGUUCCUACAAGAUAAUGAUCUAAAGUUGAUCAUCAGAGGGAAGGGAGCCCCCGAUGAAAGGGCAAAACGAGAUGAUCUUGCACCAAUGAAUGAAGGGUAUGCAAAAGACCAUGAAGGGCUCAUUACUUUGUGCAGUGCUCCUGAUCAUCCUCAGUUUCAGGACACAGAGGAGAGACACAACAACAAAGCAGCCUACAUAAUUUUACAAAUCCCCGAAUGUGAGGAGCUUAAAUUUCAACCGCUUGAAGCAGUAUCACCGAGACCAAAGGUUGAGGCGUACUACGACUAUAGAAGAUUGAUCCAUUCACCCAGUACUUUAGUACACAAUAUUACUAAUUCUUUUAAUUCACCAUCCUCAGCGGCUGAUGACAAAGAGAGUUUAAUAUCUUCUGAAAAUGUGGAAUAUAAGUCCAUGGAUCUCUCUGAACAGAUGGAAGUGGAUGAAAAAGAUGAUGUCGAUUCCAAAAACUCAGAAUCUAGAAUUGAUGAAGUUACAGUUUUUGGAACUCUAUCCGCUAGUGAUAAAGAUAUGGUUGAUUCUUCGGAGAAGACUGAAAAUGGUUCCAAAGAAGCUUACCAUUCCGAAUCUCCAGAGAUUAUUAAAGAUUUAUCUGAUACAGUUGGAAAACCGGAAUCAUGCAGCAGGACAGGAGGUACAUCUGUAGCUAGGGGAACUGAUGAAAAGCUAGAAUCUAGUACUCCUAAAGUUACAGAUCUGGCACCGCAGGCAGCUUGUGAUCUGUAUAGGCCUGAUUCUGGAAAAUCCGUAGAAUCUCGAACAGAAAAAACCGUGGACAUUGUACCAAUGGUAACUGAUGAAAUUGCUGGUGAGUACGAAUCCACCAGAAUUGGAGAAGAAGAUAACGUAGAAUCCUCUGACAUUAUGAAGAUUUCAGAAGAGAAAGCAGAAGGAAGAAAAAGCGACUCACUUGAGGCGUCAAAUAAUGUAAUAAGUAAAGACGAGGCUCGCGAUGCCCAACCAAGAGUAGAUAACUGUAGCACCACUGGUGAUGCUAGAGUGGAAUUAGAAAUUACGUAUGAUGAGAAACUGGACAGUGUAGAAACUGAGAUUAUAAGGAACGGUACAGCUGAAUGCUCGACAGAUGGAAACAGAGACAUGGCCACUGAUGGUGCUGAGAAGUUGGAACAUUCAACCGACAAACUCGAUAAUGCAGAGCCGCCCAGUGAAGAUGUGGAUAGUUCUACUAUGAAGUUGAGACAUACGACUACAUGUGCUGCUGAUUCUGAUCCGAGAAUUGUAAAUGGUGGAGUAAACGCUGACAGUACCAGUUUAUCCGAUUGUCUAACAAGCAAGCCAGUGAUAUGUCAUGACAAGUUUACAAAUACUACGAAAUCUUCUCAGAAUAAGGAUUAUGGAGAGUCUGCAGACAAACCAGAGAGAGUAGUCAAACUGGUUACCUAUUCUAAGCGUAAGUCAUCUGAGAAAAGACACAUGGUUGAUUCUAAUGAAGAUCCCCAACAGAAGGUUAAUAGUGCUGUUGACAUUAAGAAUAAGGUUUCUCUUGACAAGUCACACUCGGUUCCAAAAGAUAUGGACUCGUGAAAUCUCGUUCCACCGGUCUCCUUUCCAACUGAGAUGAUGAGCAGCAAAAUCGCUUUGGAUGUGUCCUCAAAGCCAAUGUACAGUGGUCCUAAUAGCCUAGCUGGUCAAAUCCAUCUUAACCGGAUCCGGUUUGCUAAUUAAAGCUUAGAUGUUAAAGAGUUUAAUUAGUCUAUUCUCUAUAGUGUGUAAACCUUUUUCUUGAAUUUACCUUUCUUAAUCAAAGUUUCCGUAGUUUGUUUACUGGAUUUUUUUUUGUUUUGUAAUUUGUAGUGUUUAAUAAUGAAAUUGUCUCUCAUGUUCCAUCUAGGUGUGAUCAUGGAUGGUUAUGGUUAUGACGGUUAAGGUUUAUUAAUCAUUGGUUAUUGUAUAAUUAUUUUUAACUA